AUGGACAAAAACAGGGACCUCGAAAAUCAUCCAAAAACGAAAGUAAGAUCCUGAGAGAGAAGAGAACGUUUCCAGGCAGCAGUCAUGACAACCAUUCGAAGAUUUUGUUGCAAUGAUCUUCUCCGAUUUACUAAUGUCAAUUUCGAUCAUCUUACCGAAACUUUCAAUAUGUCAUUCUACAUGACAUACUUAGCAAGAUGGCCUGAUUAUUUUCAUGUAGCUGAAGCUCCUGGAAAUAUAACCAUGGGUUACAUUAUGGGGAAAGUUGAAGGACAAGGCGAAUCUUGGCAUGGCCAUGUAACUGCAGUUACUGUUGCUCCGGAGUAUAGGAGGCAGAAAUUAGCUAAGAAUCUCAUGAGCAUGCUCGAGGACAGCAGUGACAAGAUUGACAAGGCCUACUUUGUGGACCUCUUUGUGAGGGCAUCCAAUGGACCAGCCAUAAAAAUGUAUGAAAAGCUUGGCUAUAUAAUCUAUAGACGGGUGCUGCGGUACUAUUCUGGAGAGGAAGAUGGAUUGGACAUGCGGAAAGCUUUAUCACGAGAUGUUGAAAAAAAGUCUGUUAUUCCCCUCAAAAGACCAGUUACUCCCGAGGAACUGGAAUAUGACUAGUUAAUUGUGGUGUUUCAGAUGUCCAUGUUUAUUAGCUAUAUCUCUUGCUAUGAACAUGUAACUUGAGCUCUAAAACUGGCUUUGAAUUGUGCUGUUUAUGCUUCAACGUAUUGUAGUAAUAUUGUAGUAUAAACUUGUGACAGAUAUGUUUAUCGAGUUUAAUGAUUUAUCAAUAAUAGCAACCUCAUCCUUAAUAA